AUGAAGAUCUCAUCGAAAUCGAUCUUGAGUCCAGGUAGAGCUGGUGGACGUGAUCCGCCAAUCUCCCUAUCAACCUCCCUCAGCCGUAGGCUGAGAACCAGUCGCAGUAUUAAAGGCGGUGCAUCUCCGGCGAUGUUUCCCACCACCGGAAAGAAAAGAGGCGGCGGUUUUGAUAACCCAGAGCCCUCUUCUCCUAAAGUCACUUGUAUUGGUCAAGUCAGGGUUAAGAGCAAGAAGAAACAAGGGAAAAGAUUGAGAACUUUAUCGAGAAGGCAUAGCACCGGAGAUGUUAGUUUUAGAAAACUAGAUCAUUCUCGUGAUGGGUUUAGUAAAAGUACGAAUCUUGGGUCGAAUUAUCAACAGGGUAGUAAUAGUUUCAGUAGUAAUCAGGAGAACUUGCCGGAGCAGAGGCAUAACCAGAGAUGGGUUCAUCUGCCAUUGACGAUUUGCGAAGCUUUAAGGGCAUUUGGGUCGGAGUUCAGCUGUUUGUUUCCUUGCCGAUCUUCAUGUUUUUCUCCGGCGACAGAGAGGGAGAAGGAAGAGAAGACUGCAGGGAGAGGAGAGGAGAUGGAUAGUCACCGGCAUGGUUCUAGCUCGUGUGCUGCGGUGUUUACACGGUGGUUGGUGGCUUUUCAGGACGGAGAUGAUGGCGAUAGAGGUAGUAGGAGAGAGAUUGAGCUGGUUGUAGGAGGAGAUGAUGAAGAUGACGAUGAUAGAAGCAUGAGGACUUCAAGAAGACAUGUGUUUGAUGAUUUAGAGAUCGUAAAUAAUAGAAUUGAGGGGACAAAAGACGAAGCAAGAGUGAGCAUUUGUAUACCACCAAAGAAUGCUCUGUUGUUGAUGAGAUGCAGAUCUGAUCCUUUAAAGAUGGAAGCUCUUGCAAAUCGAUUGUGGGCACCAACGAUUGAUCAAAAUGAUGAGGAAGAUGAGGAAUUUCUUGACGAUGAAUAUGAAAUCCAGCAAAAAACAUUUGAUUCGAAGGAAUCUAAAGAUAACGAUCAAGAACAUGAAGCUAAUCAAGAAACGAACUUGAAACGUAGUGUUGAAGAGGAAGAAGAAUAUCAAGAACAAAACCCAGAAAUCUAUGAAGACGAAGAAGAAAUUGCAGUUUUUGGGUCAUUAUUUGAUGAAAUUGUAGAUCAAGAACUUCAAGAACCUGAUGAAAUGGAGGAUUCUAGAGAAAUAUUUGAAGAAGAUGAAAUCCCAGAAAUUGAAACAGAGGAGUCACACAUUGAAAAAUUCAAAUUCUUUCAAGGCAAAAACGAAGACGAAAUGGUGGCCGAAUUUGCAGGGAGAUCUGAAAUGGCGGAAGAAAUGGUAACCGAGUCAAAGGAGAGAGACAAUGGAGUUCUAGAGAGAGAAGGGUUGCCGGAUUGUUUGCUAUUAAUGAUGUAUGAGCCUAAGCUAUCAAUGGAGGUUUCAAAGGAGACAUGGGUAUCCAGUAAGGACUUCAUCCGGCGGCAUUCGAGUAAAAAAAAGCCUCCACAACCGCCGCCGCCGCCACCGGUCAAACAAACAGACGGUGAAGACGAGUCAAAGGUCAGUACCACCACCUUCACUACUCUUUCAAGUGCUACAAAACAUGUGACCGCUGAGGCAGCGGCUGCGGCAGCGGCUGCUCCGCCAAUCCAGCCAGGCCGAUCGUCGUGUUCAUUACCUCGACGACCACCGUCUAUGGCGGAGAUGCUAGAACAGAAGCUCGUAAAUGCGGUGGGGUACGAGCCGUUUGUGCUGACUCGAUGCAAAUCUGAGCCGAUGAGAACAGCGGCGGCUAAGCUAGCGCCGGAUUCUUGCUUUUGGAAAAACAGGAAGCUGGAGCCGCUCCGGCGAGCUUCAUUCGGCGUCGGCGCGGCGGGGUUAGGGUUUUAA